AUGGGCAAACCACGAUUAAUCAUCCUGAUCCGGCAUGGGCAGUCAGAAGGGAACAAAAAUCGAGAUAUCCAUCAGACAAUCCCUGACCAUCGCAUCAAGCUUACUCCCGAAGGCCAUCGACAGGCACUCGAAGCCGGCCGCAGGCUGCGUGAGAUGCUACGGCCUGACGACAAGAUACACUUCUUCACAUCUCCAUACCAGCGGACGAGAGAGACCACAGAAGGAAUCCUCAAGUCUCUCACCUCCGAUGAUCCUUCGCCGUCACCGUUUCCCCGCCAGGGCAUCCAGGUAUACGAAGAACCACGACUGAGAGAACAAGACUUUGGCAAUUUCCAACCAUGCUCUGACGAGAUGGAGCGCAUGUGGCAGGAGCGUGCAGACUAUGGACAUUUCUUCUACCGUAUUCCCAACGGGGAGUCAGCGGCGGAUGCAUAUGAUCGAGUGAGCGGCUUCAACGAGUCCUUAUGGCGGCUAUUUGGAGAUAACGACUUUGCCAGUGUCUGCGUGCUCGUUACCCAUGGUCUCAUGACUCGUAUUUUCUUGAUGAAGUGGUAUCACUUCAGUGUUGAAUACUUUGAAGACCUCCGAAAUAUUAAUCACUGCGAGUUUGUGGUUAUGCAGAAGAACCCGGACAACGGGAAAUACAUACUACGGAACAAGCUACGGACAUGGUCUGAGCUGAAAAAGGAAAGAGAAAGAGAGCGUGAGGCUAAUAACAUGCCAUUAAUGUCCCCCACAAGCCCGAGAAGGAUAUGGGGUGGAUGUCCUGACGGGUGUGACCAUGCUCGUCACAAGCACCGAGUAACAAAGAGAUCACUGAACCAGAGUACUUCAACAACCGGGCUAGUGACCGGAGUUGAGAGGACCAACAGCAUGGGGAAAGAAGUGGAACUAGACGACCGGUACCAGAACGACGAGGAAGAUGAAGAGGGAGAAAAUGACGAGGGGGACACAGCGUUAGUGGACGAGCCUGUUUUACAGAUCAAGUCCACAGUCUCACUGAGCCAAGAGGUCAGGCGCGGUAAACCACCUCGCACCAUAGAUAUACCUCGUCUAGGCGGCCGAGAUGCUGGAGGCUCAAAUAGUGGUGUAUCAACAGGCCAGGUAUCACCAUUACCAGAUAAACUUGAUGGUUCUGCAGCCCCGAGCAACAAUGGCGAUGGAGGUGUUCGCCAGGGGUCCAGUUUGAAGCACAGCCACGAACGCAAUUUUGAUAGAGACGACGAUUACCCUAACGAAGACGAGGAGGAUUUGGAAGAUGAACGAGCCAGGCUUGAAGAACAGAGCGUCCAGGGAAGCGUAUACUAA